AUGUCACAUACCUAUAUCUGUAUUACCCUCGAGGUGGUCAUCCGUAGACGCACGGGUUGCAGCGGCAGUGACGUCGAUGAGUGGCAGAGACAUCCGCCGCCCUCGAUGAUGCCAUCUGCAGGUCCCGGAAUCCGCACCUUACCCGAUUUGUGCGUUGCAACCACAAACGUCGUCUCCAUCCACCCUCACCCCUUCUUCAUCACCAUCUCAUCCCAUCCCCAUCCCCAACCCCCAGAAGGAGAGGCCGGAUACCUACGCCGUCUAGGUUUCUGCCUUAAUCGUCGCCUUCUCGCCCUCGUUUCCCCGUACCGAAUUGCCGCGAUAACAGAGAGCCUUCCCCCGGAAGGCCCCCAGAAACCCAGGCGUCAUGGCGGACGUCCGGUCCAAGGCAAUGACCCUGAAUUAGACCCCAACAGAGAACCUGCUCCUCCCACGAGGGCUGUAGACCGACCUGCUCCCCGUGUUGGCAAGCGAGAUACUCCCAAGGAAGUUCCCGCCCAGUCCCGUCCCGCCGAGUCCAGCACUCGCCGUGGUGGACGUCCCACUGGCAACGAGGCCGCUUUCCGUGACCGCAAUGCCGGCAGAAACAACAACCGCGAGAAGCCCACUGAUGAUGGCAGCCAGCCCCAACGGCGUGGAGACCGUGGUGGACGUGCUCGCAACGACCGCCAGUCCCGUACUGGCCAGACCGACACCCGCAAGCAGGUGAGCCAGGGCUGGGGCGGCCAGACCGGCGACAAGGAAUGGGCCGAUGAGAAGGCCGGCGAAGCCAUCGCCCAGACUGACGAGAACGAGCCUCAGACUCCCGGCGAGGAAGCCAAGGAGCCUGCUGACAAGUCCAAGUCCUACGCCGACUACCUCGCCGAGAAGGCCGCCCAGGGUGACCUGAGCGCUAAGCCCGUCCGUGCCGCGAACGAGGGCAGCAAGCUCGACAAGAAGUGGGCCGAGGCUAAGGAGCUGAAGCGCGUUCAGGAUGAAGAGAGCUACAUCAAGGGCAAGGAGGAUAAGUCCAAGCGUGAGAAGCAGCGCAAGGAGAAGGCCUUCCUCGACGUUGACAUGCGUUUCGUCGAGGCCCCUCGUGGUGGCGGUGCUCCUCGUGGCCGUGGAGGUCGUGGCGGUCGCGGUGGUCGUGGCGGCCGCGGUAACGGCCCUCGUGGCGGUGACCGCGCCGGCGUCCCCGUCGUGCCCGUUGACGAGAAGAACUUCCCCUCUCUGGGCGCCAAAUAA